AACAAACAAACAAACAAACAAACAAAUAAAACAGCAAACGAAAACUAGCAGACCUUCGACUUCAAAUUCUAUGAUGAUAGUAGUUGAGAGAAUAAUAUCCUUUGAUUUCUUCUUUGCUUUUGUAAAUGAGCAGUGUUGUGUAAUCACCAUGUCAGCUGUUACUAUCCUGAACAUUUUCUCGUCAUGAGUCGGCAGUGUUUUGAUUGUUUCACAAGGUAACCAACAACAAAGACACUGCCAAACAGGUUUGGCAGAUUUAAUAAUUGUUUGAUGAACGUAUGUAAAUAAACACAUACCACACUUGACACACGCCGCGAUAUAACUGGAAUAAUGUUAAAAGCGGCGUUAAACCCAACUCACCCAACCCACCCACACUUGACACAGUAACCUCCCAAAGUCUUGUGCCAGGAUUUAGGUGAGGCUGAAUGUUCUGGUAAUUGUUACCUGUUUACCUGAGUGGAACAGCCCUACAUAAAUGACAGAGGACCAAACUAUUAUUGCCCAACCCAGCUUCAGCUACAUGCCCAUCCUCAUCCAAAAGUUUCAGGAGUCUGCCCAGUGCACAACUUGUCCUUCAGACACAGCAGUCUCCCUGAGACUCUCUGUACACCUUCCUCCUGGGUCACAGGGAGAGCAGCACCAAACUCUAUCUGGCUCAGCUUCAAGCUCCUUCUGACUUCUCAAUCCCUUGUACCAGUUCUACAAAUCUAAAAAGGCUGGCAUGCUGAUGUGGGAGACUGCGGUUCACAUGAAAAUAACUUCGACUUAAAUCAUAAAAGUGACACGGACAUGACACCACAUUUGUACGUACACUGACCCGAAGUCUGGAUGGCGAAAGUCCCUCCUCUCAACAUUCUUGUCGUGGUAUGGGGCUUCUUAGAAAUCUUACUAUUUGGAGGUGUGAUAUUUGGCUGGCACUCAGUGGUGUAUGUGUACAAGGAUGAAGGCUACUUCGCGGACCGUUGCGACGUCAGCAACAUCACUGGUACACAACAUAUCAGCAACAUCUCCAGUACUUAUUUUACCAGCAACACCAGUGGUAUACAUUAUGUCAGCAGUGCUGCUACACCCCGCACAGCCUUGGCUAAUUCCACCACUACGCCACACAGUCUCUGGAGCAAUGCUACAGCAUCCUCCACCAAGGCCCCGGCCACCGAGUUGUCAUGUGACGAUCAGCUGAAGCUGUCGGCUUCAGGCAAGGGCAAGACCUGCGCCGCCCAGGACGAACAAUUCAGCCUCAUCUUCUCCCUGUCCACGCUCAUCACCGGACUCAUGUGUGUUGUCAAUGGAUACCUGUAUGACCGCUUUGGAACUAAAUUCUGCAGAUAUAUUUGCAUUUCAUGCUACAUCAUAGGGUUUGUGUGCCAGGUUCUAGCAUCUCCAGAGAACCCCAUCAUGCUGUACCCAGGGUACAUCCUCCAGUGCUAUGCAGGGUAUUUCAUCCUCGUGACCAACAUGCAGCUGGGUGGACUAGUUCCGCAUCUCCGCUCAACUCUCAUCAGCAUGUGUUCGGGAUCCUUCGACAGCAGCGCUGCAAUUUUCCUCCUGUUCAAGGUGGCGCAUGAACAUGGAAUAAAGAUCAACUACUGUUUCAUCUUUCAAGUCUGUCUGUUCGUCAUGGUCCUCAUCAGCACUGCUGUAGUCCACAGGAAGAGCCACUUCCCUUGGCCGCUACCUCCAAAUUAUAAAUUCCGCUUUACUCUGAGCGAGUACUUGAGGAAUAAGAAAGAUAGUCACCAUGACAACGAUGCCAACGUGAUUUGGAGGUCAAAUGACAAUGGAAGCACUAUGAUUGUUAAAAACCCUGAAAUGAGUUCCACAAGUGAAAACAAAGAGUUUUUGAACGAUGAGAAGCUUAUAGACAGUGAGAACAACAUUAAUGGUUUAACUGCCCCUGUGGCAGAAAGAACAAGAACUCCGACUAUGUUGGAGGUGAUGAAAACCCCACUGUUUAUGUGUAACUUGAUGUGGAUGUGUUUCCAGAGGCUGCGGAGCUGGUUCUUCGUGGGCAUGUUCAAUGUCUGGAUAACGAGACUGGCAUGUGGAAAUAAGGCUGUCGUGAGCCAUUACACAUCAUUUUUUGCCAUGGUGCAAUUCAUCGGCAUCUUUACCAGCCCAAUGAGCGGUCGGCUGAUGGACAGACGGAUCCCAGCUGCCAAGGUCUACCACAACAUCAGACUGGAGCGUCUACACGCCUCGGUGGCCUCAAUUCUGAUGUGUUCCGGUCUGUCCCUGGUGUUCUCCAUCAUAGUGGCGAUCCCAGUCCUCCCCCUCCAGUAUGUGUCCUGCAUCCUCCACAGCAUCUGUCGCUCCUUCAUCUACGGACCAAACUUCGCCUUUAUAGCUAAUGCGUAUCCUAUAGAGCACUUUGGUAAGGUGACCGGGGUGAUACUGACUGUGUCGGCUGUAUUCGGGAUGCUCCAGUACCCACUGUUUCUCCUCAUACAGGGUCCAUUAGAGAACAACCCACUGGUGGUUGACGUCCUGUUCAUCACAAUGAUGGUGGCAACGUUCGGUCACCCCAUGUACAUCUGGAACUACCUCAGGAAGCAGAGAAAGAAGAUUGAGAAGGAGACCCAAUGAAGAGCACAAGCUUCAGCUGUCUGCUAGACUCGUUCUAGCCCAACUUUAUAUCCCACAUGACAUCAAGACUCAAAUUAUGACUGUCUGCUAGACUUGUUCUAGCCCCACUAGAUAUCCCACAUGACAUCCAGACUCAAAUUAUGACUGUCUGCUAGACUUGUUCUAGCCCGACUAGAUAUCCCACAUGACAUCCAGACUCAAAUUAUGACUGUCUGCUAGACUUGUUCUAGCCCCACUAGAUAUCCCACAUGACAUCCAGACUCAAAUUAUGACUGUCUGCUAGACUUGUUCUGGUCCCACUAGAUAUCCCACAUGACAUCCAGACUCAAAUUAUAACUGUCUGCUAGACUUGUUCUAGCCCCACUAGAUAUCCCACAUGACACCAAGACUCAAAUUAUGACUGUCUGCUAGACUUGUUCUAGUCCCACUAGAUAUCCCACAUGACAUCAAGACUCACAUUAUGACUGUCUGCUAGACUUGUUCUGGCCCAACUAGACUGCCCACAUGACAUCCAGACUCAAAUUAUGACUGUCUGCUAGACUUGUUCUAGCCCCACUAGAUAUCCCACAUGACAUCAAGACUCAAAUUAUAACUGUCUGCUAGACUUGUUCUAGUCCCACUAGAUAUCCCACAUGACACCGAGACUCAAAUUAUGACUGUCUGCUAGACUUGUUCUAGCCCCACUAGAUAUCCCACAUGACACCGAGACUCACAUUAUGACUGUCUGCUAGACUUGUUCUAGCCCCACUAGAUAUCCCAAAUGACAUCAAGACUCACAUUAUGACUGUCUGCUAGACUUGUUCUAGUCCCACUAGAUAUCCCACAUGACAUCAAGACUCAAAUUAUAACUGUCUGCUAGACUUGUUCUAGUCCCACUAGAUAUCCCACAUGACAUCCAGACUCAAAUUAUGACUGUCUGCUAGACUUGUUCUAGUCCCACUAGAUAUCCCACAUGACACCAAGACUCAAAUUAUGACUGUCUGCUAGACUUGUUCUGGUCCCACUAGAUAUCCCACAUGACAUCAAGACUCAAAUUAUAACUGUCUGCUAGACUUGUUCUAGCCCCACUAGAUAUCCCACAUGACAUCAAGACACAAAUAAUGACUGUCUGCUAGGCUUGUUCUGGUCCCACUAGAUAUCCCACAUGACACCAAGACUCAAAUUAUGACUUUCUUUGCUAGUCUUGUUCUGGUCCCACUAGAUUGACAUUUAGUCUCAAAUAAUUACGGUCUGCUAGACCCAUGCUUGUCCCAGUUGAUAUUCCGUGUGACAUUUAGUCUCAAAUAAUUACGGUCUGCUAGACCCAUGCUUGUCCCAGUCGAUAUUUCGUGUGACAUUUAGUCUCAAAUAAGUACGGUCUGCUAGACCCAUGCUUGUCCCAGUCGAUAUUUCGUGUGACAAUUAGUCUCAAAUAAUUACUGUCUGCUUGUCCCAUGCUUGUCCCAGUAGAUAUUUUGUGUGACAUUUAGUCUCAAAUAAUUACUGUCUGCUAGACCCAUGCUUGUCCCAGUCGAUAUUUCGUGUGACAUUUAGUCUCAAAUAAUUACGGUCUGCUAGACCCAUGCUUGUCCCAGUCGAUAUUUCGUGUGACAAUUAGUCUCAAAUAAUUACUGUCUGCUUGUCCCAUGCUUGUCCCAGUAGAUAUUUCGUGUGACAUUUAGUCUCAAAUAAUUACUGUCUGCUAGACCCAUGCUUGUCCCAGUAGAUAUUCCGUGUGACAUCGAGUCCAAAUAGUGACUAGUUGUUUGCUAAAUAGUCCCAAGGUAUGACAAACUGCUUGACAAACAGUACACCCAGGUUACAAACAUUUUAGGAUGUCCAGUUUAGAGUAUUUAUUUGAAUAAAUAGGAGAUUUUAAGAAGGUAUAUGAUUAAAUAUUACUUUAAAAUUGAAAAAAAUGGUUAUUGGGAAAUGUAUUGUAUUGGACACAUCAUUUACCUAGCCAAAUUCCCACUUUACAAUGGAGGUAUAUUGGGAAAUCAGUCACAAAUAUAAUUGAUAGCAUAUAACAUUUUAAUUAGGAGAUAAACAUGCUGUAGAGCUAGGUUACCUGUAGAUUGAACCGCGCUAAAUUGAAUUUGAACCCGAACGCGCAGCGUGAGGUUCCUAAUGUUGAAUGUCGCAAAUUGAGAGAGAGUAUGGUUAUGUUAAGCGGGAAUAAGGAAAAUCUUUAUGUAUUUGUAAGAUGAAGUAUAUCAAUGUGUUGAGUAAUACAGGAAAAUCGUCUAUAUAUUUGUGAGAUGAAGUAUAUCAAUGUGUUGAGGAUUAUAGGAAACUCUUUAUGUAUGUGUAAGAUGAAGUAUAUCAAUGUGUUGAGUAAUACAGGAAAAUCGUUGAUAUAUUUGCAAGAUGAAGUAUAUCAAUGUGUUGAGGAAUAUAGGAAACUCUUUAUGUAUUUGUAAGAUGAAGUAUAUCAAUGUGUUCAAUAUAGGAAAUUCUUCUACAUAUUUGUAAGAAGAAGUAUAUCAAUGUGUUGAGGAAUAUAGGAAAUUCUUCUAUAUAUUUGUAUAUCAAUUUGUUGAGUAAUAUAUAAAAAUCGUUUGUAUAUUUGUAAGAUGAAGUAUAUCAAUGUGUUGAGGAAUAUAUGAAAAUCAUCGAUAUAUUUGCAAGAUGAAGUAUAUCAAUGUGUUGAGGAAUAUAGGAAACUCUUUAUGUAUUUGUAAGAUGAAGUAUAUCAAUGUGUUCAAUAUAGGAAAUUCUUCUACAUAUUUGUAAGAUGAAGUAUAUCAAUGUGUUGAGGAAUAUAGGAAAUUCUUCUAUAUAUUUGUAUAUCAAUGUGUUAAGUAAUAUAUAAAAAUCGUCUAUAUAUUUGUAAGAUGAAGUAUAUCAAUGUGUUGAGGAAUAUAGGAAAUUCUUCUAUAAAUUUGCAAGAUGAAGUAUAUCAAUGUGUUGAGGAAUAUACAAAACUCUUUAUGUAUUUGUAAGAUGAAGUAUAUCAAUGUGUUCAAUAUAGGAAAUUCUUCUACAUAUUUGUAAGAUGAAGUAUAUCAAUGUGUUGAGGAAUAUAGGAAAUUCUUCUAUAUAUUUGUAUGUCAAUGUGUUGAGUAAUAUAUAAAAAUCGUCUAUAUAUUUGUAAGACGAUGAAGUAUAUCAAUGCGUUCAGUUAAUUCUUGUGGUAUUUUUUAUGUGAAUUUCAGGUGAGUGCUUGCAUUAGUGUGUAUGUCGCUCAUGUGUUGGCCCAUUCGUGACCAACUCGUGUUUUCAGGACGUAGCCACUCGUACCUAUUUCGUGGCCAUUUUUGUGACUGGGUUCCGUCUAAGCACAACGGGCAUAGCUAAAAGAAUUGUCAACUCGUUGCGUAAUGACUCCCAUAUAUUUUCCCCAUAAACAUAUAUAAUCCAGGUGCUAUUUAUAACACAUCAGGACUUACAUUAUUAUACAGUAAGACUGAAAACAUUCACCUGUAUCAUGGAUAUAUUAUUAGUUGCAAGACAUGUGUAAAAUCAAAAAAUAUUCCUGAGGGAUUCUUUGACUGAAGUACUUAAAGUCAUAUGAGCAUUCUGAUUGGUUUGUCGUAUUUUCACACAUAACAUUCAUUGAUAGGGGGACGAAUCUUCUUGCAGGUUGCGGAAAGAGGCGAGUGGUGAUGAGUGGUGUAGACCUAGAAUACCACAUCUAAAAAUCAAAAUUUUCUCCACAAUUUAUUGCAUUUAUAGUUUACUUUUCCUCAUUGUUUAAGGCUGUGAUCACAUCAGGAAUCGGAUUCCACUUCACAAUUAUUGGAUUUGGUCAAGUCAAAUAAUAUUUCCUAACCCCUCAUUCUAUAUUUUCGCCUUUGUCUCACCUUACCACAUGAAGCAUCAUAUAAUCUCCUUCUGAGAGGGAUGAACUGCCUCCAUUGUGUCGUGGAUAGAGCUUAUCAGAGCGUGGAUGCUCGGUGUUUCAUCCCCAGCUCUGUCAUACCAAAAUGCAUUAAUAGAUGGUACUUCUUGUUACCCUGCCUGGUGCUUGAAUUUUAGGAGAAUUAAUGAUGAUUAUCUGGAAUAAUGUGUUGUGGACCAAAUCGAAUUGUCUACGUAAUUACUUUCACAUUUUGUUUUUGCUUAUGUAUUCGGUAACAAAUUAUAAAUAAAUCCUCCUUAAUCUUAACCUUGUUAAUUCGGAAAACCAUGUAUUCUGGACAGUAACCUCAGGGAACUAUUAUAAAUACUACCGUAUUUGACAUAAUAAGCGCCCAGGGCGCUCUAAAAAUUAGAAAUAGGGGGCUCUUAUUAGAAUAUUAUUUUCGUGAAAAACAACAGAGUUGAAAGAUUGUAAAUUUCGUGGUGUAUGCU